CCUAAGUUUGCUCGCAAAGUGAAAAGAUCAAACAAAAUGAAAGCUUUUCUCUCACUCGUACUCGUUGUAGGUCUACUAAAAGUUAAGUUAAUAGGUGGAUUUAAGUCAUUUCAGUUGAUAAAAUGUGACUAUGGUGACAUGGCGUGCGCUGUAGAGCUGCAACAGUCCAUCAUAAAUCAAUUCUGGAUGGGAAAUGAAGAGUUAGAGUUACCAGUUUUGGAUCCUUUGACCAUCAAAAAUGCCACUCUUGUUCAACAAGGCAAAGGAACCAUCAGUUUCACGUUGCAAUUCAAAGACUUUCAAUUUCUGGGAUAUCGCGAUACAAAGAUCACUGACGUGAGUGGUUUCCCGGAGGAUUUUGAUGGAACAAAGGCGGAAUUGAUGAUUAAAGCACCAAGAUUCACUCUAAUAGGGCCUUAUAGGAUCAAAGGAAAGCUGUUGCUGCUUGAUAUUCAAGGAUCGGGAACGUCAAAUGUGACAUUGGACAACAUUGCUGGAUCGAUGAAGUUAAAAUUGAAGAAAGUCAUCAAGGAUGGCGAGGAAUAUGCGGAGGUUGAGAAACUCAAGCUCAAUGUCAGUACUACUCGAAUGUACAUGAACUUUGACGAUCUCUUCAGUGGAAACAAGCAAAUGAAUGAGUAUGGACAUCAAUUUAUCAACGAAAAUUGGCAAUUGGUUUAUGAGGACAUCAAACCAUCGGCCAUGAAGACAUUUGGGCAAAUUUGGAUGGAUAUCUUCAAUCAUAUUCUAAGCCGCAUACCUUAUAGAACAUUCUUCAAUGUGUAAUCAAUGUGAUGUCAAAAUAAAGUGAUGAGAAAAAG